ACAGAUAUGUGGGUUUUUUUUUUUUUAAUCUAGCCCGAACCUUUGUAACACACACAUACAAAAGCACACACGUACUAUGCAGGUAUACACAGUUUAGUGAAAGAAUGGAAAUAAAGCGGGGUUGACCUAUACGGAUUCAGAGUUGUUUAACCAGCGGCGUGUGCAUUAUCCGUUUUGUAAAAUACAUGUUGUGAGCGCGCGUGUCUGUGUACACGCGCUGCCAGAUGCCAUAGUAAUUCGGUUACUUUAAACUGCAUGAAAGAAAGACCCGUUUUCUGCCAGAGUUUGUAGUGCGGCUUACAGCGGUGCGGUCGAAUGUCCUCGGAGACAAAUCCGAAAGCGCUCUGGCCUGCAGACACAUUAGGCCGAGCUCUCCUUGUGGGUGGGACUCGUUGGAAAACUGGGGAGGUUAAAUACUAAAAUGGGUGGAUCCCAUUCCUAGCCCUGGCACUUCAGCUCGAUCAGGCGGAAUGAAUCUGGACCGGAUACCAGAAGCCGUGAGACCCCCGCCACCUCGGGACAUGGCCACUACCUUUCACUUGCCGAGAACGUCAGGCACCAAGCGCGAAACUCUGGAAAAUUCGAGCAGCGAAUCAUCAGAUACCGAAAUAGCAGAGAAAGAACGGAGCGUCGAGCGUAGAAGCGACGACGGGAAUCCCGAAGAUCCCAGCAAAAAGAAAAAACAGAGGAGACAGAGGACUCAUUUCACCAGCCAACAGCUACAAGAGCUUGAAGCCACUUUCCAGCGGAACCGCUACCCAGACAUGAGCACGAGAGAGGAGAUCGCCGUGUGGACUAACCUCACCGAGGCCAGAGUGAGGGUGUGGUUUAAAAACCGUAGAGCGAAGUGGAGAAAGCGCGAACGAAAUCAACAAAUGGACUUGUGUAAAAACAGCUACCUUCCCCAGUUCAGCGGACUCGUGCAGCCUUACGACGACAUGUACCCUGCCUACACGUAUAACAACUGGACAAACAAAGGCCUGGCUCCCGCUCCCCUGUCCACCAAGAACUUCACAUUUUUCAACUCCAUGAGCCCGCUGACUUCGCAAUCCAUGUUCUCAGCGCCAAAUUCUAUCUCCUCUAUGAAUAUGCCACCUACCAUGGCCCACACCGCGGUACCGGGUAUGUCGGCUUCAAGCUUGAACAACAUCAGCAGCCUAAACAACAUCAACAGUUCUUCAAUCAAUUCAGCUAUAUCUUCACCCGCUUGUCCUUAUGGACCUCCCGGUUCCCCAUACAGCGUUUACAGGGACACUUGUAACUCGGGCCUGGCGACUUUAAGACUGAAAUCCAAACAGCACCCCACUUUUGGAUACAGCGGGUUGCAAAGUCCUGGAUCUAGUCUAAACGCCUGCCAGUACAACAGCUGAUACAGCCGGUCUAGCUCAUACAACAAACUAGAUUCCUGCGGAUGCGGACCUGCGUGUGGCACAAAAGACAACUAAACUGGAUUAGUUGCAAUUAUUUUCAUAUGGAUUAUGCGGGUUGCAUGUGUUUACUUAUAAACUUGCACAACAAUUUAAAUAUCCAUAUUAUUGGAUCUCCUACAGGUGAAAGACUAAUAACACUGCAACAUUGUAUAAAGAACUAAAAAGGACAGAGGCAUGUUUUUCUCUUCGGCUUUGAAGAAAUAUUGACAAUUUAACUGAAAAUAAUUUUUAAUAUUGAAUUGGGAAAAUAUUUUAAAAAGAAAGGCAGGAAAUGCAAAAUGGUAGAAGAUUAACUAUGUAAUUUGUAUAUAAACUUGUAUGCUGUUACCUUUGUGUUUUGACCCCAUUAUAAUGCGCAGGAAAUGCAUGGUUGUGUUUUACGGUCAAGAUGAAGCGUCUUUAAACUGUAAAACCAAUUUAACUUUAUAUUUUUACUCUGGAGCGGUUUUCCCAAUACGAAACAUUUUUUAAUAGAAAACAGCAUGCUUUACUCAGUGCAAGGUGAUUUGUAUAAAUUGAUAUUAAUGUAAAAAAAAUAGAAGCGAGUCAACUAUUCUGUAUCCUAAAGGUGAUUGAUAAAAUAUCUGCAUGUAUUUAUGGUAAUAUCUGUCUUAAUAAAGUACUGCAGAUAACGUUUUAAGA